UGGCGGGCGCCUGGAAGGUGUUCUAGGGUAGAAGUGCUGGCUGCACGCUGUCUGGCCCAGCAGCUCCUUCAGGGCUUGGGGAGGGGGCGAGCGGAGGGCAGCCCCGCCGUCCGGGCUCCCAGCCUAGCGGUGGCCACCGAGCUUCUGGGGUGGCCCCACCAGGACGAGCCCAGGGGCUCUCUGCACACGGUGUCGCCAGGUUCUGUUACUUGACGGCUGGGACGCAGUGCCCGGGCGUCCUGGUGCGGGACUGUUGGAGAGGCGUGUGGGGUGACCAGGCUCCGGUGCGGCGGUGCAGGCGCCGAGCACCCCUGCCCGUGCCCGGCUGCCGUCUCCCACCCCAGCCGGGUCCCAGCCGGGUCCCAGGAAGCAGUUCGUCCCGCGUGAGCUCUGCUGGCCUGUGAGGUUGCCUGAUGGUCCGUGGUUCACAAAUACCCUUUUAGGGCAGUUGUUUCAAAAUCAGUUGCUUUAUAAACUCUUCUUCACACCCACAAAACUCUUCUCCGAACCUCUUUCCAAGAGCGAGCUGUUGUUUUUCUGAAAUCUGAAGUGACGUGAGGUCAAUACUUGGUGUGUUUUGGGUGUUGGGCGAGAGAAGGGAAGAUCGAGACCCACAGAGAGAAGGGGGUCUGCUUCAUCACCCCCAGCUGGUGGCCAGCCCCUCGGCUCCAUAUUUACACGCAUUCACGCCAUCUGCUUGGACACAGAAGGCUUGAGAACUGAGGAAAGCUCCCUGAGUUACCAUUUCCAAGCGGUUCUGUCCGGGUGACUGUACCCAGGUUAUGACGACUAAUCCCAAAGCGAACAAGGCGUUGAAGGUCAAGAAGGAGGCGGGCGAGAACGCCCCGGUGCUCAGCGACGAUGAGCUGGUGUCCAUGUCGGUGCGGGAGCUGAACCAGCACCUGCGCGGCCUCACCAAGGAGGAGGUGGUCCGCCUGAAGCAGCGGCGCCGCACGCUCAAGAACCGCGGCUACGCGGCCAGCUGCCGCAUCAAGCGCGUGACGCAGAAGGAGGAGCUGGAGCGCCAGCGCGGGGAGCUGCAGCAGGAGGUGGAGAAGCUGGCCCGCGAGAACAGCAGCAUGAGGCUCGAGCUGGACGCCCUGCGCUCCAAGUACGAGGCCCUGCAGGCCUUCGCGCGCACCGUGGCCCGCGGCCCCGUCACGCCCACCCGGGUGGCCGCCACCAGCGUCAUCACCAGCGUCAAGUCCGCCGGCGUCUCCUCCACCUCCGUGCCCUUCUCGGCCGCCUCCUAGUGCCUGGCUGAGGGCCGGGGCCACGGGCUGCUGGUCGGGGGUCCCGCGGGGAGCAGGCCCUUCACACCGGAGUCAAAUCGCGGACCCGUGCGGGGCUCGGGCCGCGGCUGGCAGAGAGUAGGCGCCCG